AUGCUGCUUUGCGGUUGAUUGCUUCAUUACUUUCUUGACUCUUCUUCAAAAAGCCGUCUCCGGAGCGUUUCCUUUACUUACCGCUUGACUCUCGACUGCAGGAAUGACCGAGGCUGCAGUUUAUCCUGCGUUUCAGCUCGGACAGCCGCGGUAUGAUCAGAGCUCCUUCCUCGGCAGGUUCAGACACUUUGUAGACAUCAUCGACCCCAGAACUCUUUUUGUAUCGGAGGCUCACUUAAAGCGAUGUGUUGCUCUCCUGGAUGAUUUUAAACAUGGGACUCUUCCUCCUGGAACAACAGAUCAACAACUCUGGGAGGCUCAGAAGGUGAAACAGGCUAUUAUUCACCCUGACAGUGGACAGAAGAUCUUUAUGCCUUUUCGCAUGUCAGGUUAUGUUCCGUUUGGAACACCCAUAGUAGUUGGCCUUCUCCUCCCAAACCAGACUCUGGCAUCCACUGUGUUCUGGCAGUGGUUAAACCAGAGCCAUAACGCUUGUGUGAACUACGCCAACCGCAAUGCUACAAAGCCCACACCAACAUCCAGAUUUAUUCAGGGCUACCUGGGAGCAGUGACCAGUGCAGUCUCAAUUGCGGUUGGCUUGAAUGUGCUUAUAGAGAAAUCCAGGAAAUUUAACCCAGCCACCAGACUCAUCAUACAGAGAUUCAUUCCUUUCCCUGCUGUAGCUAGUGCAAAUGUCUGCAAUGUGGCUCUCAUGAGACACAACGAACUCUCGGAGGGAAUUGAUGUGCUAGACUCCAACGGGAAUGUGGUGGGAUCUUCACGGAUAGCAGCCAAACAUGCACUGAUGGAGACAGCGUUUACACGAGUGGUCCUGCCACUACCUAUAUUUGUUCUCCCACCUAUCAUCAUGGCCUUUGUGGAGAAACUGCCGCUGAUGCAGGCCCAUCGCCGGCUCAUGCUGCCUGUCCACAGCUUAGUGUGCUUGGCAGUGUUCGGUCUCUCUCUGCCUCUCGCCAUCAGCCUCUUCCCACAGAUGUCUCAAAUUGAGACUUCUCACCUUGAGCCGGAAAUUGCCAUGGCAACCGAUUGCAAGGUGCUGACCUAUAACAAGGGACUGUGAAGAAAGCAAACAGAGAGAGAGAUGCCAAAAGAGAAAGAGGGAAGGAAGCAGAAGACAAAUUAUUCUCUUUAAGCAGCUGUCCAUGGCCAUGUAAAAUAAAAGCAGGCGCAUUGGAGAUUGGAAAGGAUAAUACUGUAGCAUAAAAGCAAUAAGGACAUCAAUUUAACUACAUCACCUUAACCUUCAAGCCUUUAAUCUGUAUUACAGUGAAUAACAUAUGCCAGUAUAUUUAGAUUUUACAGUACCCACUAGUUCUAGUAUGAUGAGGUACACAGAUUUUGCUGCAAACGAAACAAUAUUCUGCUGUAAUUUAGCUGGUAAUCAUAUUUUUUUUUAUCACUUUAUACUAAUUCAAAUUAAUGGAAGAUUAAUUAUGGAAGAUAAAUGUAAUCGGUGGUCCUGGUGUUUUCUGACAGUAUGUUUACACCAAGACACAGCGUUUAAUAGAUUUUUAACGUGCAUCGUGUUUUGGGAGAAAAAUUAUAGACAGUUAAUGGAAAGAGUGGCGCAGCGAUGUUUUCUAAAAACACCAAGAAACGACUUUUAAUCGUAUUUUUUAAAUAGGCGAUGUGUUCUAUUAGACUACUUGAAGAUACCCAAAACACCAGAGACUCUGAAUGAGUUAUAUUAGGAUGAAUCCUAACACUGGUCUGACAAUAUUAACAACAUUUGUACGUUGUGAGCUUCACACAGCUGGAAUUCAUGACAGGGCUUUUGUUCAGAAACAUUUUGUAUCAAAGGCCGACGUGCAGACGGAUGCAGACUCGUGUUACAGGUAGACUCAUUAACGCAAACUCUCUACGAACAUUUCGACCUGGGUCUUUGCAUGUUUUUCAGAUAUGAAACCCCUGUGAAAUUUCAUCUAAUAUCAGUGUUAAUGAUCUUAUGAGCACCUUUCAAGAUGCACAAAGGCUUUCUAAUUAUUCUACAUUCACUUCUUUUUUCAGUUUUAAUAACAUCUCCUAUGUUCUUCGUGUUUGUUUUAUAUUCUUCUUAAUGCCUGUUGCGUUGUAGCACUCCCUAUAACUCUGUAACUGACACUGAGACUUGCAUCGAUAUUUCUACUGCCGUCAAAAACAUUCCCUUUAAGAGAAGCGUGAUUUGACAAUGUGAGAUUUUCUUAAUGUUGUAUUUUUUUUUGUUGAUUUGUUUUUGGGGUUUUUUUUAGCACUUGCUUUAACACUUACAAUCAGGUACUUUAAUAACAGAAUAUAACAAAGACAAAAUAUAUUGAAGGGUCUGCAACCCUGUUGUUUUUA